GCAAUUUGGCAGGGAGAAUUGGAGCUGAGAGGGAGAGGACGCAGUGUGGGCGGGUUAAGAAACACCGAGAGGGAGGGGACGUCAGCGUUACAUUCCCAUCGUUUUUGCCCCUUCAUGCGACGUCUGCCGAAAACAAGGACAUCGGCAUUGAGAUACUAUCCGUUCGUAUCAGUCUUGCAUCAAACUGAAGCGUGCACAUUUGAGCAUAUUCAAUAGAUCUGUAUAUGAAAUUCCGUUACCUGCGCUUUAGAUAUUUUUGCGUCGGAGGAGGAUAGCUGAGCUGCAGAGGCGCGGAUGCUACGAGGGUAGCGUUGGGUACCACAACACCUCACACUCAGCACGAUGGACAGAAUGAGUUUUCUCUCCUUCCUCCUCCUUUGCUUGACUUCAGUUGCCAAUGGCAACAAAGCCAAUAAGCACAAGCCAUGGAUCGAGACGGAGUACCAGGGUAUCGUCAUGGAGAACGACAACACCGUUCUUCUCAACCCACCACUGUUCGCCCUGGAUAAAGACGCUCCACUGCACUAUGCAGGUGAGAUCUGUGGCUUCCGGGUGCACAAUGGGCCCACGGGAUCCAGUUCGGUACAGUUUGAGGCGGUGGUUCUGGACCGCUCGACAGGGGAGGGCCUGGUCCGCUCUAAAGAGCCCCUGGACUGUGAGAGCCAGCGGGAGCACAGCUUCACCAUCCAGGCCUAUGACUGUGGAGAGGGCCCCGAUGGAGCCAACAGCAAGAAGUCCCACAAGGCUACGGUGCAUGUACGUGUGAAUGACGUAAACGAGUUCUCCCCAGUGUUCGUGGAGCGUCGCUAUGAGGCCUCCGUCCCAGAAGGCCGUCUGUUCGACCGCAUCGUGCGCGUCGAGGCCCUCGACGCAGACUGCUCUCCACAGUACAGCCAGAUCUGCUUCUACGACAUCAUCACCCCCAGUGUUCCCUUUGUCAUCGAUAACGAUGGUAACAUUAAGAACACAGAGCCAUUGGAUUCGAAGCGCCAGCGUGUCCACACCUUCUGGGUGACAGCGUUUGACUGUGGCAAGAACCGUGCUCAGGCCGACGCCCAGGUCGUCGUCACGGUCAAACCGUCCUGCAAACCCGGCUGGAUCGGUUGGUCGAAGCGGGUGGAGUAUACCCCCGGGUCAGGCAGCAUUCCCCUGUUCCCCAGUUUGCACCUGGAGACCUGCGAAGAGACUGUGUGGAACAUCCAGGCCACCGUAGAGCUGCAGACUGGCCAUAUUGGGAAGGGCUGUGACAGGGACAGCUACUCAGACCGAUCAGUGCGCAGACUCUGUGGUGCUGUGAGAGGUGAAGUGGAUUUACUCCCGCCCCCAUCCCCAGCAGCCAAUUGGACCUCAGCCUUGCCCACCCUCCCUUCUUCUGAUUCGUCCCUGGUGUUCUCCUUCAAUGGCUCCACCCAUGUUGCUGUGGUACCCGACUCCGUUGCCGCGGCCGUAUCCGGAGACCAUUUCACCCUCCAGCUGUGGAUGCGAAGGGGUGGGAUCAACACCCAGCCUCCGACUAAUCAGGCCAGAGGAAACCGCAGGGAGGAGGAGACUAUCGUCUGCAGUACCGUCAAGAAUGACGACUCCUUCUCCCACUACUCUCUCUCCGUUCACGGCUGCCGUCUCUCUCUUUUCUACUGGCCCGACGUCUCCGCUGCGCGGCCCGUGAAAUUCCUCUGGAAACUGGAGCAGGUGUGUGACAGCGAGUGGCAUCACCUGUCCCUCAGUGUCCAGUUCCCCUCUGUGACACUGUAUGUGGAUGGAGUCACCUUCGACCCCGCCCUCAUCCACGACAACGGAGUCAUACCCAACCCUGCCCCACGACAGCGACUGGUCAUUGGCGCCUGCUGGGAGACAGAAGAUAAACAGAAGGACAUCCUUAACAACACCAUCCCUGAAGGGAAAGACACAGGGAAGUAUGUGGGGGGUUACCGUGGCCUGUUGUCAGGGGUGACGGUGCGUCCAGGGAGUGUGGAGCCCCACAGUGUGGUGGAGUGUCUGUACGCCUGCAGAGAGGGGCUGGACUUUGGGGACCUGGAGACCUUGGGCUCAGGCAUGAAGGUGCAUGUGAACCCAAGUCAGUCUGUGCUGGUUCUGGAGGGUGAUGACAUUGAGAGCUUCAACAGGGCCGUGCAACAGGUCACCUACAGGAACUCUCUCCGCUUCGCCACCCCUGGAGUCAGGCCACUCAAACUGACCACCUCUCUCAGGUGUUUCAAUGAGGAGAGUUGUCUUACGCUCAGGCAGUUGGAGGGCUACCUGGUGGUCCUUCAGCCUGACGCCCCUCAGAUCUCCCUGUCUGGGGUCGGCCCCCACCUGGCCCGCCCCGCGCCUGAAUUCGAGGGCCCCCGUGGUGUACCCCUCUUCCCAGAGCUGAGGAUCGUGUGCUCCCUGUCUCAUGCUGUUAACACAGCCGCUCAGGGCAUGGAGGGAGGAGCUCUGAUGUCAGACGCCGUGGCCCACACUCUGGACGGCUGUGAGGUCCCCCCUGGGGAGGAGCUAAACCCAGAGAGGGAGGAGCUCCUGGUGGACAUGGAUGCCCUGAGAGAGAGGGGUCUGGAGAUAAUCAACACCACUGCUUACAUCGCCAUCACAGGAGCGGAGUCCAUCUCCGUAUAUGAGGAUGUCCUUCGGUCCGUCCGUUACCGGCUGGCUAAAGGAUCGGCCCGCUUUGAGAGGCGGUUCCGUCUGUCCUGCUCCGAGAUGAAUGGCAGAUACACCAGCAACGAGCUCACAUUGGAGGUGAACUUCCUGCAUUCCCUGGACAGUCUGUACCACCCGUCUCACCUCCUGGCCUCCCAGCAGCAGUUCCUUCACCCGUCUCAUCACUCUGGGGAGCUGAGCGGACACACCCUGCCUAACCCCCACCGCAACUCAGUGGUGCCAGGAGCAGCCACAGUCAUCAUCAUGGUGUGCGUGGGCUUCCUGGUUGUCAUGGUGAUCCUGGGAGUGUUUCGAAUCCGCUCCAUCCACCGCCGUGGCGAGGGCACCAGGGGAGGGUCUAAGGAGGACAGCGGCCAAUGGGAUGACUCUGCUCUCACCAUCAUCGUCAACCCCAUGGAGUCCUAUGAGUCUCGUAUGGGCAUCUCAGCUGACACUGAAGGUGAGGGGGAGGAGGACGAGGAAGUGGUGGAGUCGCCUGACAACGCCAACGACGACCAGCGAAUCAUCAUCAAGAAAGAGGGCAGAGACGGCAACCCCCGUCGCUACUAAGCCAAUCGUCUCUCUCUCUCUGGACGCACACAUUUCUAUGGAAACCACAAAACGGCUCGCCACUCACACACUCUUCUCAACGCGUUUAAAUAUUGAAGACUGCUGACACCUCUAGUCUAUGGAAUGUAAACGUACAACAACAACAAAACACUGUAUUACCGCAACAUCACAGCACCAUGAAUGAUCUAUAGCCAAUAACAGUGCAUUCAAUGUUUUACCACGUAAAUGUUCUACGGCACAAUAUAUACAGUAUACUCUAACCGCCUGACCAAAACAACCAACAAAAAUUGUUUGUGGUGCACUAAUUCCUAACUCAGAGGGAAUUGACAUUGUCCUGGAAGUCUGUGUGACACAGGCCGGACCGAGGCUACAUAACUUAGGUGUAAAGUUAAGACUGUAUAUGUUUUAUUAUCUCUAUAUCACACUCCAGACACCUUUGCCCACCACACAAAAUGAAUAUUGAAGCAAUCGAUUCACACAAAGCCUCGUGUCGGCCCCUCACACAUAGAGACAAGCCCUGAUCCUGACGCUAUCCCACACACCUCUAGAUUUAAUCUAGUCGUCUUUUUGCUGCACUCUCUCUCUCUCUCUCUCUCUCUCUCUCUCUCUCUCUCUCUCUCUCUCUCUAUACAUUCCUCAACUUCCAAAAACAUGAACCCUCUCCCCACCAGAUCUGACUCCAGAUCAGAUCCACAUUUAUAGUAACCCUAAUAUACAAAAACAUACAAUUAUAGGGUUCUAACAGACUUUUACAUACUAUGUACGAUGUGCUUCACAUACUGUACGUGAUGUGCUAAAUUAGAUAUAAAUUGUCCAUGCAAAAGUGUACAUUUUCAGAACUUUCCUUUUGUCAGGGUAGACUUUUAAUUGUUAAAUCGUAUUGGUUGGUAGAACCCUUUCAUUGUAUGUUUUUGGCAAGUCAACCAAACAGGCUGCCGAUACGGGCAUAGAGUAACCUCUGACCCUUACCACAACCCCAGUGACUCGACUGAGCGACCCCCAGCCCAUUGCACUUUCACCACCCACCGCUCUCGUGACAACCUCACUACAACAACGACACACACACACCACAACACCCGCUGUAUCCAGAAUGUCAGCUCAGCUCGGGCAGUUUUGAUUGUAUUACAGUUUCUGUACAUAAAAUUAUUGUUAUUAUUAUUAUUGCAGUCAACUCUUGCUCUGUCUGUACUCUUAAAGAGGGAGCUGCAUAUACAUAUGAUUUAUUACCAAUUACAUUGUUUUAUCAUUUGACCAGCUGUUGUAUAUUUUUUAAAGGUUACACCAUCAGAAUACAGAGUAAUAAUAAUAAUAGUAGUAGUAAUAAGGAUGAUGAUUCCUGGCUUGAGGAGUGUAUUCAUUUGUGUGUUGAAUUGUUGUAAUUUAAAAUCUUGUUCAUAUCUGAAUUACAGUAAAUGGAGGGGACAUUGUGAUAAAUAGCUACUCUGUCUCCCCUCUCACUCUCACUCCUUCCUUCUUUCACACCUCCGUUAGAAUAUUCUCAAAUCGUUCUCUCUUCCUUAUCUCCUCUCUCUUCCCCCUCAUCGUUUUCUUUUCAUGCCAGUCCCCAUCAUCUCUUUGGUCUAUUGAAUGUAACCUCCUCCCUCUAUCAUCCUCCCUUUGUGUUUAUUGCUGUCUGUCUGUGUUUCAAUGUGCAGUGAUAAGCCUGUUGUUUUUCAGUGUAAUAUUAAAAAUGGAAUACAAAUUUCAUUAAUUACUUAUAUUAUUACUAUGGUUACUAUUGGGACAUUAACUGUAAUUAUUGAUAACAUGGAUUAUGAAGAUUAUUGUUAUUGAUAACUGUCUGAAAACAUUUCAAAGUUCAUAAUAAAACACUGAUGACGUCUAAAUGCUGCCUGUUUUUUUUUUUAAGUAAAUAAUCAAUUUGAAAAUAUUUCAUUAUCACCAUCUUCUGAGCACUUUUUGGAUGGUGUUAAGGGAUUUGUUUUGAUCAAUAAUGACUAAUUAUGUAUACAUUUCAAUCAGGACUGACUAAUCAGAAUACUAUUAUGUUACUGUAUAGAUGUAUGAAUUUUAUUUUAAUCCUAGUACUGAAUAUAAUGUGUGUAAUUAUAAUCAAGAAUUAGAACAAAGACUGUUCCUUGGUAGAAACGAAUGAACUUAUCGUCAGACUGGCUAGAAUGCUUAUCUACACAGGGAGACCUUGGCCUGGUCGUUUACCGGUGGGAACGAUGUAGGAAAGCUUGUGAACUAUACUGCCAUUGUAUCAGAGUGGAGGAGGGACGGGACAGUUUAAAAACUAUGACGUCAUUUUCAGUUUAUAACCUGUUGUAAAUUGUAUCAUGUUCAGUUCUCGAGAAUAAACGCUAUUGCUUGAU